UUGUUCAUACAAGCCAGUUUGGAGUAUGGCCUGGUUGUCAGACUUGGCUGGCAAAGCCGAAGAGGUGUUGAACAAUAUCGACAGAAGUACGGCUGCGGUGCUCAAGAAGGAUGAUAAAAAUUCGCUGGAGUCAAGCCUACUAGAGGUUAGAUCACUGCCGCCCGACUCCAAUUUGACAGUUGAGGAGUUUCUGCGAGAUGAAGCAGAGAGAUGCUCUGAUUCUUUUGUGGACAGAGGUCCAUUCACACCAAAUAAAAUGACAUUAUCAGCACCAACUACACCCGCCCACGGGGACAGAUCUUUAAAUCUGCACUCUGAAUCAAUGGCAUGGCUUGAUCGAGCAGCACAAAGUUCUUCCAUAAUCGAUGAAUCAUUAGAUAUUCCAAGCAAUAAUCAGCCUGACAAUUAUCAUAUUGAUAAAAGCAAUAUAACUGAGAAUAAUGAUCCAAGUGAAAUUGAAUAUCCAAAACUAAAUGAAGAUGUUGAAAAAAUCAAAUUUCGAUUACCCAUAAAAAGUAGCCCAAAGUCUGUGGAUAAAGAACAGCAGCUAAGGUUAGAGCACCAAAAAGAGAUAGCUGCUCUUCAUGAAAAAAUUAAUAAUUUCAGUUCAGAAAGAACGCGUUUUAUCAGAGAAAUUUCAGAUCUUACCUCAACGUUGGAAAAAACUAGGUAUGAAUUGAGUUCUGUGGAGUCAGAGCUUGAACAACAUCGAGCUAGGGCUAUGAAAACACUACAGGAAAGAGAUAAGCUCAUAGCUGAUUUAAGAAAUAAUUCUAAUAGAACUGAAAUUGAAGACACAAGUGUUUCAGUUGAACUUGAUCAGUUACGGCAAGAACGUGAAUUACUUAGGGAAGAAAAUCGACAAAUUCGCGAAAAACUUCGUUUAGCUCGUCAAGAUUCAGUAGAUGCUGAACUGAACUCUGAAAAAAUGCGGCAGAAAGCCAUAGAAGCCAGUAUUCAAGCCCGAGAAGCCGUUGCUGCUGAGAGAACAAAACGAUUAGAUGCUGAAGAAGAUGCCAGGCUCAGAAGCGAAGAAGUUCGGUCGUUGCACGAAGAGCUGGUUCUACAGCAAAAUACUUUCUCUGCAACACUCCAUAAACAUGAAUCGGAAAUCUCGAAACUGAGGUCACGUCUUUCAUCUUCGGCUAUUCCAAAUUCGGAAGUAGAAAUGCGCUUGUCUACAUUAACGAGAACUUUGGUAAUAAAACAACAGGAACUUGAGCAUUUAACUACGGACAGAAACGCUUUGAGAUUACAACUUGAAAAACUAGAGCACGAAUAUCAAAAAUGGAGGCAAAAUUUGACUUUUAACAGUAUCAACGACACUGAUGACGCCAAAGCUUUAUUGCCUAGCUUUUUAGUAGAAAGUCCUUUUGAUACUGGUGUUACUAGGCGGGUAAAGCGAGCUUACUCGUCAUUAGAUGCAAUUGGUGUGAGGAUGGGUGUAUUUUUAAGACGAUAUCCACUAGCACGAAUCUUCGUAGUAAUUUACAUAACUUUACUGCAGUUUUGGGUUCUUAUUGUCUUAUUUUCACAGUCUCCAGAAGUUCACUAGUUUUUUGUAAUCAACUAUUAAAAUGAAAUAUUAAUAAUGUAUAUACUUUGUAAAUAGGAUAUAUUAUCGCUUUAUAUGUUAAUAAUCAUGCACAUUUAGGUAAAAAAUA